UGACAGCCUUAUAAAUAGUCGCCUUUGCGGGCGCCGGAGGACGGGCACGCACUGCCCUGGCGCCCACCGCAGCCCUCCCCAGAGGCAGACUCGGCUCCUGAGAGCGCGGCAGGAUGGAAGAGAAGCUGAAAAAAGCCAAGAUCAUCUUCGUGGUGGGCGGGCCUGGCUCCGGCAAGGGCACCCAGUGUGAGAAGAUCGUGCAGAAGUAUGGCUACACCCACCUCUCCACCGGCGACCUGCUGCGCGCCGAGGUCAGCUCGGGCUCGGCCAGGGGCAAGAAGCUGUCGGAGAUCAUGGAGAAGGGGCAGCUGGUGCCACUGGAGACGGUGCUGGACAUGCUCCGAGAUGCCAUGGUGGCCAAAGCAGAGACGUCCAAAGGCUUCCUCAUCGACGGCUACCCACGGGAGGUGCAGCAGGGAGAGGAGUUUGAGCGGCGGAUCGCGCAGCCCACGCUGCUGCUGUACGUGGACGCAGGCCCUGAGACCAUGAAGCAGCGGCUCCUGAAGCGCGGAGAGACCAGCGGGCGGGUGGACGACAACGAGGAGACCAUCAAGAAGCGGCUGGAGACCUACUACAAGGCCACCGAGCCCGUGAUCGCCUUCUACGAGAAGCGAGGCGUCGUGCGCAAGAUCAACGCCGAAGGCUCGGUGGACGAGGUCUUCGCUCAGGUCUGCACCCACCUGGACGCGCUGAAGUAGCCACAGCCCCUUCCCAGCUCGGCGCCCCGCCCGCCCCGUCCGGCCUGGAGGUGGCCCUGGCCGCGGCCCAGCGCCUCCGCCCUGCCCGGCGAGCACAGACAGAGGAAGCCACUUUAUCCUGUUUUCACAGACAGCCGAGCACUAAAGGAAUUGCCAAGGACA